UUGCCAUGCCCCUGGCUUUUCGGAAACGCAGCAAACAUGGGCUCCCCCCGGCUCUGGGGGUCCGGGCUCUGACGGCUGGCUUUGCACGCUGCGCCUGGAACCAGCGGGCAUAAGCCGCCAGCCAGGACACAGCACCGAUCGCGGGCGCAGAGCGCCAGCUCGGUGCACGCAGGCUCUCGGGCCGUGCGCUGCGCUCCAUUCCCCGGUGCAUGGCUGGAGCUUGAACCCGCGUGUGGGAGAAUCCAGCCCGUACGUGCACAGGAGGGCGCUCCGGCAGCUGCUGGGGCACAGCAGCAAGCGAUGGCUCCGAAGGAGAUGGGGUCGGGAUUCAAAGGCACGUAGCCAAGCCCAGACGCUAACAGCCGCCACUCCCCGGGCACCAUGAAGAACGACUUGCCUGUGUCCUUAGUUGGGCUCAGCGGGCCGGCAGGUUUCCUCAGGAGCAGCGAGCCUCUGUCCUUGUCUCCCGUGCCAGCCCCAGCGACCUCUUUGCUGGAGGAGGCUGCGGAUUUGCUGGUGGUGCACCUGGACUUUGCUGCUGCGCUGGACAGGUGUGAGCGGGGCUGCGAAAGCCUGGCCUCGGACCCUGACUGUGAAAGCUCUGCAGAAGUGAAGUGCUCCCUGUGCAUUGUGGGCAUCCAGGCCCUGGCAGAGAUGAACCGGUGGAGAGAAGUUCUGUCUUGGGUUCUACAGUAUUACCAGGUCCCUGAACGUCUGCCUCCAAAAAUUCUGGAACUGUGCAUCCUUUUGUACAGCACAGUGAAGGAGCCCCAUGUGAUGUUGGAAGUUGACAGUUAUUGGCUGAGAGAUCUAACCAAUCAGAGCCUGCCUUCGUAUGGUACCUUGAUGGAGUUGCAUCUGUUGCAUGUGUUGCUUCCCCUUGGACAAUUUGUGGAGGCAGAGGAGCUGGUACAGGGCUGUGACGCUUUCAACAAAGAGCAACAACUUGAGGCCCUGAGGACCAUUAAUGAGAGGAGGUAUCAGUGGGUGCAACAGGAAGAGACACAGUCAGCCCCUGAAGAGCAACCAGCCACAGCGAGGGAGAAGCUGUUAGGCUCUGUGUCCCGAAAGUUAUUGACCAUAUUAACAGUGCUGCGUAGAGCACUGGGAUCCAUGUCAAGCCACUUCUGUUCCAGCCCUUACAAAAAGACGCUCUUGGCUGCUCUCAUAGUAUGCCUUGUUGUGGUGAGACUAGACCCGGCUGCUCCCACAUCCCUACCCUUCCUUUACAGGCUGGUCCAGCUCUGCCAUCAGGCAUGGGUGGCUGUAUUUUCUCCGCUCUACAGGCCUCCAGUUCAAGACUAAGCGGCUUUACGAUGUGUUGCAAGUCUUUUGUCUCUGUUGCUGUGCAAGUGGCAGUUUGUCUUGAAGAUUUUAAUCAGGCUCUACAAGGACUCCUGAGAUCAAUGUACUAAUUAAAAUGACCACACGUGGGCAGUGACAUCUUCCUCUCUUGCCAGACUAAGAACCUGACCUAGUGCUGUCUGGAUUUUGAAACUGCCUCUGCUACUUGUCUCCCUGUGCUAUGGAGCUCUGCAGCACACUACUAACCCUGGAGGAAUGUGCACGUACAGGGUUUUAGCCCUCCUCCUCUAAUCCAUGUCUUAUUUAGAUGUCCCCUGAAAGUGGUUGCUUUUGGUGUGGGUCCCAAGUGAAAGCCUGUAGCCACUGGCAAAGAACAAUGACAGGCAUUUUGAGAGAUUGCACUAUCCUUGCAAAUGUUUUUGAAGUUGUCCAAGAAGUGGGAGUGGAAUUUCAGAGUGUAUGGUUAUGAAAGAUCUCAGAGUACCAGGUCUACACUGAACCCUAGGAGCCAAAAAAAUGCCCAGCCUCAGGACCCUUUAAAUGCCCAGCCUCAGGACCCUUUAAAUGCCCAGCCUCAGGACCCUUUAAAUGCCCAGUUUCUGCAGCGAGGGAUUUAAGCCAAAUAUGUGGAACACUAUAAAAUAUUGCAGACUGAAAUUGGAGCCCAUUCUGUUCUGAGGGCCAGAGUUUCUCUUGUGACCCUGAUGUGUCUUGGCAUAAUCAUUCUCACUUCGGGUUCAACAAUCGUGGCUAAGCAAGCAUAUCAAGGUGAUGGGACGCAUUAUAAAGAUGGAUCCGUCAGCCCAUUCUGUCCCCUGUCUGCAUCCAGCACAAGCAAUUAUAGACCUUUCUGUCUUUCAGAUGAUCAUGAAUACUAAAUAUUUGACACUGAAUAAGUUAAAAUAGGGGACAGCGGAGAAAUGGAGAUGGUGAGAGGCAAGAGCCAACAGAGUUGCUCUUGUUAAUCUUAAUAUGCUCCAUAUUUAUUAGAGUCUAACCUGCCCCAUUACUUGAAUUGUCAUGUAGUUUCACUGCAUACUUUAGAUGUCUCUGUAUCUUCUGUUGAUGAGCUUUCUAUUUACAUAUUUAGAUUUAAAUACACAAGACUCCUAGCCACAUGCCUAGACCUUCCAACAAGUAUUUAGAAUCCUAAUCCACAGAGUAAUUAUCCAGCAGCAAAACUGCACUCUUUCACACCAAGAGUAAAUUAACAGGCCUCAAAAUACAUUUCCCCCUCUAUCCAAAACCCUAGACCCCUGUUCUCCCCAACAGCUCUAGCACAUAGUGUUCUGAUGGUCAAUAGAUCAAAGCUACUUCAGACCAGUGGUUGGGGGAGCGACUUCCAGAGUCAAAGGGCCCUCCUGGAGAACACUUUGCCAGCAGUUCCCGCCCCUAUACCAAGUUGGCUUCACAGUUCAACUGCCUCAGCUGAUUGUAGCUUUAACAGUAUAAAACAGGGAGAUAAGUGAUUAUUCAGGUAGACAAGUUCCAAACCACACCUGAACUCCCCACCUCCCUGAUAACCAAGAGGCAUCCAGUGCAGAUCCUUGUGCAGUGUUCUAUAACGUGAGUCCUCUACGAAACAUCCCACACGGCCUUCUGCCUUUGCAGUAACCAUACAGUGCUGUGGGGGCUAUUUCUAAUCUUUCAAAAAUGGCAGCAGCACACAGGUGUCACAACAGCUGGCUGAAUGCACUACUAUGGUUUGUUAGCGGUUCCUCCUCUUUUAAGAGAGUCUGAGGUUCCGUCUUCGCUGCUCAACAACAUACCUGUUUUUCUAUGGCAUAACUAACAUGAACUAUCCUGUGAAAUCCUAGUGGAAACAAGGCUCUGUAGUUUUACUGAGAGGUAAACCAGGCAAGGUCAAUGAUGCAGUGGGGGGUGGUAAUAUUAUUAACUUUGCCUACCUUUCACUCAAAAGAAAGUACAGGAAGCUUGUCUCCACUAGGAUAUUACAGUGAGAUAACUAUUGUGCAUUUGUCUUGCUGUGAAAAACAUGUGUAGGCAGUUAAGACAAAGCCUUGAAGACUUUACACAUUUUGGAGCUUCAUGUUAUUAUUUACAUGCAUCUGUAAUGCACCUAUCGCCAUUAUAUCUCCAUGAGCUCAGUCACUGAUUCAUCAUUUCAAAGACUUUCAGCAUAAAAUAAUCAUAUCAAGACUCUUAAGGAGAAAGGUUCUGGGCUUGUUUACAUGGUGUGGCAAUGGGGCCGUGAUUUCUAAAAUGCACUAGCUUGCGCAUUAAUUGGUCCGUGUAGUCCCUCCUGGUAUGCACUAAAAGUUCCCUAUCAUGCUUUAACAUAGUUCUGUUUCAAAUAGUACUACGUUAAAGUGCAACAAGGAACUUCUGGUACACACCAGCAGGGUCUACAUGGUCUGAUAAGUGUGCAACACGUUAGUGAACUUUAGAAAUCACACCCCUGUAGAGUGCACUGCCACACAACUUAGACAAGUCCUCUCUGUAACUCUUCUAAGAAUGACUAGUUUGUACUUCCCAGUCUCCUAUAUUGCAGGAUCUAUCUAUGUACAUAGCUUUAUGACCUAUUUACAGAGGUAUCUGAGGGUGUCAAAUUCUGCUUACUGAUCAUAUGUAGUCUGUCUUUCUGCCGUUAGCUAGGUGGCAGUUCACAUUUCCUCUGUCUCAUUGUUGCAAAUUUCUGAUUGUAGCCAUGCUUGUGAUAUUGGGAUUGUGUUCUGUGAGGAGUAUGCACGAUAUUCUCGAUUUCUGCUUCGAGGUUGCUUGAUAAUGUCUUAACUGUUCAUUUCCAUGGAUCUUUUUAAUAUGUGUGAGUGAUACAUAGAUUAGCCACCUCAAAUUUCUCCUAGUACUUUGUUUUUUAAUUUGAAUGUUUUUCAUUGUGUUUAGCACAUAAUGAGACAAAGGAUGGUAGAAACAGAAAAAUGUCAGUUAUGCAAUUCUAAUGGUUUUAUUCAUUUAAUUUUAAAUACUUUUAGUAAUUUUUAUUCUGAAAAUUAUGUAGUCCGUUAUACUGUGAUGCUCAGUCGGGCUGGUCACAAAACAGUCUUUCACAACACUGGCAUAUGUUGUUAAAAAUAUUUACAUUCAGUAAAUAUUUCCAAUGAAACACAUUGGAAGUAUGUUUCACCUCAAACACUGGCCCUGAUUCUGCAAACACAUGCUUUAAUUAGGUGAGUAGUACCAUUCAGUUCUAUGGGACUAAUUACCCAACUAAGUCUACUCGUAAGCUGUGACCCUGCAAACACUAAUGCAUGUAUUUUCAUAUAAUGGAUCAGAGAAUUGAAUAUUUUUUUGCAUAUCUUCCCAGAUGCUCUCAAUUAAAGAUGCAACAUAUAUUGUUCAUAUGUUAAACUUUUUAAUAUGAAGCAGUAUUUGUCUAUUCAUGAUUUAUGUAUGUUUGUAUAUACUUAAGUGGCCAAGAAUUUACAGAAACAUGCAACAUAAAGUAAAGUAUUCAAUAAUU